AUGUUAGGACCGUUGGAAUUACCGCAGUUCCCCUCUUGCUCGGAUUGCCUGGCAUGGUCGGCAGACGGGGAGCUAGCCAUCGCUGCGGGGGAAUUUGUCCAGGUCCUUACCCCCAAGACGGCCAAUGAAAAGGCUGAACAGGGCCCUGUACAGAAAGCUAUCAACAACUGGCACUCCAAUCGGUUCCGAGUCAACGUUUUCACAGAAAGCGAGUGGCCUACCAUCUACCCCCAAAAGCGUGACCAUUUCUCACUGGGUGGCGAGCAGUCCCUUAGCACCGUCGUGGGUCUCGCCUGGUCUCCUCCGGGCCUGGCAAAGUUCCGGCGCUGCGUGCUCGCCGUCUUUACAUCCAAUCUACUGCUUUCCCUUUAUGAGCCUGUCGGCAUUCAAGGAAAAUGGACACGAGUAGCAAUUGUGAAUGACUCUCUGAAACUGUACUUCCAACCCCAGGUGCAGGACGAGGGGUUGGCCCUGCGAAAAUCCGCCAUUCGAUCAUUCUCGUGGUCUCCGCCUCUCAAGGUACCUGCAACCGAGCAAGAUGCGGACUCACUAGCAGUUCCCGGCUUCGAGAGUCGGUGGGGCCAUCAAAUUUUGGCAGUUGCAAAUGACGCCAAGGAAGUGAUCUUCUUACGAGUACGGAGCUUGGUAGCGGUGCAAAGUCCAAGGUACACGGCUGAUGUGCUUGCUGUGGCUUCCUGGGAUGCAUCCUCAAGCAACUAUCCUGAGAUUCAGCCUUCAUCUGUCUUUGCCGCUGCGCUAAAGUCGAAGGCCGUUACUUCAUCAAUGACAUGGGGCCCAUGGUUCUUUGCAGAUGACGGGCGGAAUCUUGCCGUUGUGCAUGGGUCGAGGUUGAGAGUCUUGAAAUUCGAUCUCGAUCCGACCACGCUUAGGCAGAGUUCAGGCAUAGGCAUGUCUUCAGAGCCAGUAGCUCAAUCAGAUGAGAACACUUCUCUUUAUAGCGAGCAGCUCCAGGACCACCGAUUUACCGGCCCCAUAAAGUGGAUAGACAUGACUGAUGCGCAACAGCUCUGUCUGGCUGCGGGUGUCUUUGGCGGUAUUGUCCUCCUCACAAUCCCUUACUCGGCGUACGGUGGCCAGGGGAAGAACUCUGCCAAAAUCCAUUUGCAAAACCUACCUUUCUACGAUGACACUGCAAGCGGAAGCCAGUCUGAAGCUCCCAGACACUGGGACCCAGUAACUUAUCCUGAUCCUGAAUCUCAAACCCUUACGCUUCAUGUAGCAACAGGCGGAGGAAACGCAAUCACGAAACACUUCGCGCCCGACCAUGAAGACAUACCAAUUCUUAAAGCCGCAUGGAGAAAUCAGAUCGAUGAGAUGCGGGAGCAGUUCGACUUUGACCGAGAUUUUGGAGGUCUCGCUGUGGCCAGGAUCUGGGGUUUGACCUCAUGCAACGACAUCAUUGCGAGCGCCACCACGCUCCACCCGGGGGAUGUCAUCGAAUACCGCACGGCCUCCGAGGACCGAGUGAUCAUCACCUUCUCCACGACCACCGGCGCAGUAGCACAGGAGCUUCCUGACGCACAAGCAUCAACGCCAGACCCCAACUCGCCCUCUGGCCCAGAUUCACCCGGCUCACGACGCGACGCAGCCCUGAGGCACAUUUUAAAUUCCCAACAUGACGAAAGGGGCAGGCCACCAUUAUCUGGCAAGAUUCUCUACGCAGCCGCCUGCUCUACUAUCGUCGCCUGCGACAACGAGGAGAUCAUCGAGCAAGCUCGCCAGGUACUCAUCAGACUAGCCACUGUCACGGGCGCAGAUCUGAACGAGGAGAUAUCCAAAUGUUCCACCACCAACAGCACGGUAGCCGCAAAGCCAUCUGGGGAGCUCAGUGGACCUGGCAGUCACCUCUUUGAACGAUGCGACAUCUGCGAUGCCGGGCUUGCGUGGUAUUCGACCCAAGAAGCGCAAUGCGCCGCGGGUCAUCUUUUCGUUCGCUGCGGCUUAACGGCAUUAGCGAUCCAAGACCCCGGGGCGUCUAAAUUCUGUUCCGGAUGUGGACAGGAAUAUCUAAACGAGGACGAGAUGGACGCUUCAGACCUCGAGCUCCAGCGUUCUUGCCAGAGUCUCUUCGAUCUAUUCGAUACCUGCACUUCGUGUGGCGGGAAAUUCCGGCCGUAA